AGAGUAGGCACAGAGCACAUGCCAAGGCUCGAGGCAGGUGGAGGGGGGAGGACAACCCGGACAGCAGGAGGGAUUGGACGGCGGAGAUUGCAUCUAAGGUCUCAAGGCACGGUUGUGUGUGUUGAUCCUUUCUGGAUUUCUUGAUUUGAAAUUGUUGAAGAGAGGGGGGGGUGAGGUCGGUAUUGCGGUUUCUCUUCUCUCGGAGGGUCUCUCGGCGAUCGAGGAGCGGGACAUAGGCGCUUUGUGAGAAACAUCAGGAAGGGAAAGGAAAACAAGACGACGGGGAAGGAGAAGAAGACGACGGGGGAAGGAGAAGAAGGAGAAGGAGAAGAGUAUAAGGAUUACUAUAAGUAGUUAUUGGGGGCGGUGAGAGGAGGAAAGAAAAUCUAUGCCCGCGGUGCCCGUUGGCGGUGAUUAACGGAGAGUGGGUAGAAAGGAGGUGAGGGGUGGAAAAGAAGGAGAAAGGAGGGGUGGUGGAAAAGAAGGAAAAAGGAGGGGUGGAAAAGACGGAAAAGGAGGGGUGCAUAUUCAUCUUCGUGUCCUCGCGGUCGAUGGGACGAGUUGGGGGGGGGUGGCGGGGUGUACCUUGCCAGGGGGUGGUGCCAUUUAUAUCUCCUGACCAGUCAGUUAAUGAGCCUUUGAGCUGAAUAGGUGAUUUCACCCCGUCUUAUAUAUAUUUUUUGUAUAUCCUUCCCCUUCAACAGAGUGCCGCGGUGCCCGUUGCCCGCCGUUUGCACGCCGAACGGCCGCCGUUUGUAUCCUGUGGCGUGGAAGACGCUUACUCAGGGAGUGCAUAGGCAGGUCUCAGUCCCAGGGCUCGACGACGUCGGUUGCAAGAAGGGGAUUUGAAGCAGAUUGAAUGUGACGCGGACUCGCAGCACAGCGGUGUAUUGCUUUGGAAAUCGUCCAUCAUUGCUUUAUUAUGAUUCGUAUCGUAUUAUCGAAGUGGUUGAGAAGGUGUUGAAGCGGCCCGCGGAUUGUCCAGUGUAUAUUUUUUGAAUUCCAUUACGAGAAGAUAACUUCUCAUCUGGCACGUAUUUGUCGAUCUUCACGCGCGCACAGGAAUUAGGACUUUGCGCAUCUCGCCAAGGUUGUAGUCUGCCACGUCAGCCUGCUUUCCCGUACUGGGAGCUGUGGGGGUUGGGGGGGCGACGCAUACACAGAGAGAGAGAGAGAGAGAGAGAGAGAGAGAGAGAGAGAGAGAGAGAGAGAGAGAGAGAGAGAGAGAGAGAGGUCGUAGUCUGCCACGUCAACCUGCUUUUCCGUAGUGGGAACUGUGCGGGUUGGGGGGGCGACGCACACACAGAGAGAGAGAGAGAGAGAGAGAGAGAGAGAGAGAGAGAGAGAGUUGGGAGGCGCGUAACGUUGGUGUGUAAGCGGACGAAUCGGCGGGAGCUUUGGAGGGAAAACACCGUUAACGACGGCAGCAGAUUCAGAGUGAAAGCAGCUUCACCACGUGGCAGUAGGUAGAGAGACCGUGUUUCUGCGUGUGUAGGAGAGGACGGCCCUUUUCCAUCUCUCUCUCUCUCUCUGUGUCACAAGGGCAUCUGACAAUCUUGGGCAAGGUGGGCGACAGAGGGGGAGAAGGCGAAAGGGUAGGUGGUUGUGUCUGGCGAUCCGGCCAUGGAAGAUCUUUGCGCAGUCUGUGCGGGCCCGCUGUUGUGGGUGGCUAUCGGCCGUUGUGGACAUCGCGAUGUUUGCUCGGAAUGCACGGCCCGCCUUCGAUUUGUGAUGAACGACUUCAAGUGUUGUAUUUGCAAGCAAGAGUGUGAGACUGUGUACGUCACAAAGGCUUUGGGCGAUUAUACGAGGACGUUUCAAGAUUUUGAAGCUCCGCAUGCGGGGGAUAGUGGCAAGGUUGGUCUGUGGUACGACCAGGAUCUCAAGGCGUACUUCGACGACAAAGAGCAUUUUGCACACAUUCGGGCGCUAUGCACGCUGACGUGUGUAAUGUGCUCUGGGAAGGAGACGGGAUCCCAAUCCUCAGGGCAGGAACAAGGGGAGGCUGGAAGUUCUGUCUCUGUUCCGUCUACGGGUAAAGGUCGUAGCAGUCCUGUGGACCCACGCAGCAGAUUUCGAGACAUCGAGACUCUGAAGCGACACCUUCUCUCGUCGCACAAGCUCAUGUUUUGUGACAUUUGUCUUGAAGGCCGAAAGGUAUUCUUGUGUGAGCAAAGGCUGUACAAACGGAGCCAGCUCGAAAGGCAUUGUGUAAAAGGGGAUGCGGAGGUUGACGGAACGGCAGAGCAGAGGGGCGGCUUCAAGGGACAUCCAUUGUGCGCUUUCUGCAAGAAACGCUUCUAUGGCGAGAACGAGCAGUACUCUCAUAUGACAACGGAACACUACAGCUGUCAUAUAUGUCAAAGGGCACGGCCGGGAGUCUACGAGUAUUACAGGGAUUACUCCGAUCUAGAGGAACAUUUCGGACGCGAUCAUUAUCUGUGUGAGGACCCAGAAUGUCUUCAGAAGAAGUUUGUCGUAUUUUCCACUGAGGCAGAUUUGAAGGUUCAUAAUGCCAAGUAUCAUGGUGGACGUAUGUCUCGAUCGCAGAGAAAAAACGCCUUGACGAUUCCUGUAAGCUUUGUUUAUCGACGACCAGGGCAGGGUGAUCAUGAUGGAGGGGGUAGAGGAGGGGGGCCACGCCGAGGCCGAAGAGGCCCAGGUGCAGGUCCGAGUGGGGGUCAAGGUGCGGGGCCGAGUACCGGGCCAACCCCUGGGCAGCUGGAGGCCGCUUUGCGGGAGAGUGUAGAGACUGCCCAGGUUGAGAAUGCGACGAGGGAAUCUUUGGCCAUAGCCGCGAGCCUUGAUGCGGCUGGAUGUCCAUCGGGUGCAUCUACCAGUUCUGCUUCCAACUCUUGCGCAUCUUCUAUGUCAGCAGAAAGCCGAUCCUCACCGUCCGGAGAGCCAGGUGCACCGGCAUCAUCAGGUGGCCAUCGGUGGCUAGCUGCUGUCAGCUCCUCAAGAGGCGGGUCUAUGCUCCAGGAGAGUGCGUUUCCUCCUCUGCCAGGUGUACAAAAGAGCACAAAAUCUGCUGCAGGAGGAAGUAGCAGUCAUCCUGGUGCCAGCAUGGCGCAAAUGCUAGCGAGUCAUGGGCGGAAUCAAUCAGGGGGGGUGAAGGUGCUUGUGAGGGGCAGUUCUAGUAAUGCUCAGGGUAGAGGAAGACCAGUUGCAAGCGAUGGUUCUGCGCCAAGCUGGGGGGCGGGAGGAAGCCAGCGAGGGGCUGGCUCGUCAGCUGGAGGAUUGGCUACAUCAGCCGGAAGAGGACAAGGUCAGUACCUUGGGUCCGGUACAGGGCCUGGGCCUCCGCCGGAAGGUACGCGUACGGUACCUAGUGGUGGGGCCCAUUCCAGGGCAGCCUUGGCGGAGGGUGCAGGCACUAGUUCUAAUAGCCGUAGUGAUCGACCAAGAGAACAAUCUCAAUCUCAAUCUCAAUCUCAAUCGGAUGGUGGCGUUUCCUCUCUCAGCAAGGACAUCGAUGGCCUACGUUAUAUGGAAGAUAUAAGAUCCGCUAACAAGGCGCUCGUCGAGCGCAUACGGGCUGGGUUGAAUGACAAUCAGGAACAAUUUGCGGACUUCAAGGGCUGCUCUGCACGGUAUAAGCGUGGGGAAAUCAGCUCGCAGGUCUACUACGAGCACAUCUGCCGACUGGGAUUGUCGCAUCUAGUUGCCGAGCUUGCUCGCCUCUGUCCGGAUGUUAAGAAAAGGCAGGAGCUCCUUGCUGCACACGAAGCAGCAACAGUGGGUGGGAGUGGGGUGCCAUUGUCUGGAGCAGGUCCUGAAGAGAGCUUUGCUGCAUCAAGCCUUGUCAAUCCUCAGUCGUUGCAGGGAGUUAUCUUUCAAAGCACUCAGGCGGGGGUGGGUCAGGAAGAGUAUCGCAGGUCAAAUAGAGGCUUUGGAGAGAACGCCUUUGCGAUCUCUUUGCGGGGGAAAAACAAGGUUGAAAGCGAGGAGGGCGACGAGUGGCUGAGUGAAAACAAUGCGACACUUUUGGAGAGCGGUGGUGGGAGGGGUGUCUCGCUGGAGAGGUCUGGAGGGAGGAACAAGGCGCCGCAGAUUAGCGGAGGGUCGAGCACUAAGUUGUUGAGAUCCGAGGAGGAGAAAAGUGGACAUCGCGAUGGAUAUCGGAGCAUAAGCCCGUCCUCCGGUUUGGACAGGUACCCUGGGGAGCGGUCAGGUGCCCAGAGCAGUAAAGAGAGUUCCGGUCAUGCAGGCUCGAGUGGCGGAUGGGCAUGCACACUUUGUACAUUGCAUAAUGGACCUGAAGCUGUCCGAUGUGAUGCAUGCGGAUCAGAGCGGGAUUCCAAAGCGAGGAGGAGGAAACAAGGGAAGGGCAUCCUGAUUCAUGUGACGGCGGGAGAUGGGAGUGCUGUGGCGUGGGCGCAUGGAGACCAGCGGCCUGCGUGGGGUAAUGGUAUCGCAAAUGGGGUAGGAACGGCAAGCAGUGGUGUAAAUAAGAAAGGAGGUGGCGGAUCGGGAGGCAUCGGAGCAAGUGGAUGGGGAAACGGGGUUGCCGUGAACACACUUGGUGAUGGGGGGUUGGUGUCGAACGGCGGAAUCACGAUCGGAGGCAGAGGUGUUGGAGCUGAACGGAGAACAGCGUGGGGAAAUGCGAGAUAGUGUUGUUGCAGUUGAAGCAGAUUGGGCAAUGGCGUGGUUGUUUGAGCAUGUUAUCCUCCCACUACAUGCGGGUUUGCUGUAUAUGGAAGGAACAGUUUCUUCGGUGUUCCAUCCUGAAGGUAACGAUCGCUUUAGUCACCCUGUGGUUGAUUGAAAUGCCUGUUUCGCAGAGGUAUGCCGUUCCUCGGAAUUUCAUCUUUCCGUUACUUCAUCAAUUGGUAAUGCACGUGUGGUAGCACUUUGCCACUGGAAGCGUGUGAUGAUAUGAUGACCUGCAGAUCUGCUGUGCUCUGCUUAUUGAUGGUCUGCCUUGGGACAGUCACAGUCACUCUGUAGGUGGGUUGAGAGGUAAUAAGGAGAAGAGGUUGACUGUGCGCCUGUUUAGACUGUUCUGUUUGGAUGGAUAUCCGGAUGGAGUAGGCGUCUUGGUUUGUGGUUGGCGUCAAGAAAUUUUGUAGGCGUGAGAGCUGAGCUGCUUAUUGUGAAAAGACACCUGUCUCGCUGGAAAGAACUCGUCGUCAUUCUUACCGUGCGGUUGCUGUUUUGAUGUUUAGCUCAUCGUGCUUCUCCUCUUAUCGUAUUGUUACUAUUUUCCCAGCCUCUGUGUUUUUUUCGUCUUUUUUUUUUUUUUUUUUUUUUUUNNNNGUGUGUGUGUUUGUGUGUGUGUUUCACGAGGUUCUACUUUCCAAGUCGAUGUUAGACGAUGUUAGACACUGGUCAACCUGUAUUGCGUAUUUGUCCCUUUCGAAGUUGUGUUCGAUAUGCGGUUUUGUUCUGGAUCACCGAGUCACUCUUGCAAAUUGUCUUAUCUCAGUCAGUUGCGGCUACUCGCACACGAACUAAUGGACCUUGGUAUGUUGGAUAUUGUUGAUGGAUUGCACUGCGAGGUAGCGUCUUGUUAUGAGCUGUCAAUCCAGAGUUCCUUUUAGUAGGGUGGGAGGUGGGGUGGGUGCACUCCAACACGUGAGUUCCCUUUAGUAGGGUGGGAGGUGGGGUGGGUGCACUCCAGCGUGUUGCAGGACAGCGUGUUGCAGGACAGCGUGUUGACAAGCACUGGGGUAAACAUAUGUCAGCUCGUUACCCCCCCACCAGUAUUAGAUGGCAGCCUAUUUUGUCGUCUCUCCAUUCUGCAUGACAAUAGUGCCGGGACUGAUUGGUUGGCACAAAAGGCACAACUGACGCACAGCGGGGAUAUGUACCAGUGCAAUCCUUUCAAAAAUUGCUCUAAAGAAUGAGCUGAGGCGAGCCAUGGCUAUAUAUACUACGGCACACAAGUCCAAUUGGUUGGCACAAAAGGCACAACUGACGCACAGCGUUGAUAUGUACCAGUGCAAUCCUUUCAAAAAUUGCUCUAAAGAAUGAGCGGAGGUGAGCCAUGGCUAUAUAUACUACGGCACACAAGUAGGUCAAGAGGCAGAAAGAUGCGAGGAGGGGCGCGCUUGCACUAUGGGGGACGCGAGCUCAUGACCAUGCAGGGUGUGAGCUCAUGGCAUGUUUAUCCCAAAGGAGAGAAAGAACAAAUGUUGCUUCCCGUG